UAAGUGCAUGCAUGGCACUCGUCGUGCUCGUAAGACUAGCUCUGUGGCUUCUGGGCUCCUGCCUGGAGCUUGCCGCCCUAGUGCUCUUCCGGGGCCUCGCCCUCCUCGCCGUCGCCGCCGUCGACCUGGUCAGGCUGCCGGGGCAGGCGGCAGACGCGGCGCUCAACGCGACCAAGGGCGUGCUCGAAGCGGCGGUCGAGUUCGUCUUCGGCCUAGUUUGGGACGUGGCGGUGGCCGUCGUCUCGGCGUUUCUCGAGUCGCUCUGGAGCGCGGUGGCCGGCACGGUGGAGUUCGCCGCGUCUACGGUUGUGGAGCUCAUGGAGGCAGCACGGGACGGCAGCGAGGAGGCGGCCAAAGCGCUGACGGAGGCGCUGGAGGGCGCGGCGGAUGCGGUGGCCGGCACGCUGGUGAAGCUCGCGGAGAACUACACGGAUGCUCUUGUGCACCUCUUGCAAAACCUCGUCUGAUGGUACGACAUAAUGCAUAUGCCAGGCCACUCAUGUAUUGUACAUAGAUAUAGAUGUCAUUUGCUUUGGCACUCGCCUAAUUUUUCAAGGAGUAAGGUGCAAAUAUUCUUUAUUUUUUUCUUUUGGGUCGCAAUAUUCAUAUUUUCACGUGUGUUUGAGACAUUGUGAUCGUUUCAUAGUUUCCGGGUACUCUGACACGUAAUCUGUUGUAGUACGAUCUGCAAGUUAGUUCCUUUCCAUUU